AAUGUAGAUCCGGCAGGUUGACGAAUGGUGCUGGUGAAAAAUCCGUCCCCGACGCGCGGCCCGAGCCCACAACGAGAAAAUGGGAGGAACGCGCGGUCGAAAGGACGAAGCGGUGGAGGACGAGGCUCGCGAGGAAACAGCCCCGGCGAGCAAACUGGUUCCCGAGGAAGUAGUCCAGGAAAGAGCGGUGGCUCCGUCAAGGGAAAGGGGAAAAGUGUACUGUUGCACUCGCAGGGUAACGAGAUCGGUAGCAUCGAAAGAUUAAUCGACGGUGAUAAGCGGAUAAUUGCGACCAAGCAUCUACUUCCAGAAAACAAUAUAAAUGUCGCCGUCAGAGUUCGUCCGCUCAGUAAUAAGGAAAUUAAAUCCGGUGACGAAAUGGCCGUGCAGUUUCCCGGCGAUGGACAGAUAUACUGCGACGCGGUUACGAGCAGUGGCGACAAAAAACCGAAGGUAUUCUCCUACAACGUCGUUUUCGAGCCAAAUGCCACGCAGGAGGAUAUUUUGCAGUACUCCGGUAUUAAAAAUCUCAUCGAAAUGGCGGUGGAAGGCUUCAGCUGCACCGUGUUUUGUUACGGACAGACCGGAAGUGGCAAAACGCAUACCCUGACUGGACCUCCGAGACUCUUCGAGAAAAUGGAUCCGUACUCGGAGGACCAUGGUCUGGUCUUCCGUUCCUUCGUCUACCUAUUCAAAGUCCUUCAAGAACACGAGAAGUGCAACUUUGUGCUGAAGGCUUCCUUCCUGGAAAUCUAUAACGAGAAGGUGAUAGAUCUCUUAAAUCCCGGCACUUCGAGGAAACCCCUAGCAGUUCGGUGGAGUAAAAAGACGCGUGGAUUCUUCGUCGAAAAUCUCUUCACGGUAGAAUGUGAGGAAUUGGACGAUCUUCUGGCGGUUCUCGAAGAAGGAAUGAAAAACAGAUCGAUUGGUACGCACAAUAUGAACGAAUAUUCCAGCAGAAGCCACUCGAUUUUGACUGUAAAUAUAACGUCUGAGCAGGCAAUGGAGAACGGUGUGUUCAUCUCGAAACAAGGCAAAAUUAAUUUCGUGGACCUUGCUGGAAGCGAAAUGACGAAGAAAACGCAGAGCGAGGGUAAGACUUUGGAGGAGGCGAACAAUAUUAACAAGAGUCUCAUGGUAUUAGGAUAUUGCAUUUCCUCUUUGAGCGAUGGAAAACGAAAAAGCGGCCAUAUCCCUUAUCGGGACAGUAAACUGACGAAGCUUCUGGCCGACAGUCUCGCCGGAAACGGCGUCUCGUUAAUGAUCGCCUGCGUUUCGCCAGCUCGUUCGAACGCCAGCGAGACAUUAAACACCUUGAGAUACGCCGCGAGAGCCAAGAAGAUCGCCACGAAGCCUAUAAUAGUGAUGGAUCCGCGCGAAGCUCUGAUUCUCAGCCUGAAGCGCGAAGUGGGGGCUCUUCAGACCGAAAACGAUCACUUAAGGAUGACUCUUCAUCUCAACAACGAAGCUCAAAAUAUGCUCCGCAGCGAAUCGAAAAGCGAAAGACUGAUACCCGUGACCCCGCCGCCGGUGGAUCUCGACAAACUGGCCGAGAUGGAGAGCUCGGAGCUGAGCCAGUUGAUCCAUGCGUACAUCACCGAGAACGAGGCGCUGCGACGCGAGAACGCGGAGCUCUAUGCCACGCGGGACCAGGUGAUACGGGACCAGGAACUCGUUUGCCGGGAAAACGAGAGGCUGCUCAGAAAACUGGAGGACGUGAACUCAGUGUGCUGCCGAUCGCCCAUAAUACCUGCGAGACCCUCGUAUUCGGCGGAAUUAUUGUUGAACGACAACAAUGAGGAUGUACCUGGUGCGACCAACGUCUGGACGAAUCCGAACGCCGCUCCCAGCCCGGUGUACUCCUUCUCUAAGCAUACGCUCAGCAGCGGAUUGUACAGAUCAGCCGGCAGUAUGCCAGAGAAGGUGCUGAAGGAGCUCGACAAGCGCAGAAUCGUCGGCAGUUACAAUAACAUUGCCGAAGCCUACAAGGAUAAGAGCAAUCACCGUCGGCACAAUUCGUGGGACAACAGCAACCGGCCUAUGAUCAGCCCGGAUCAGAGAAUCUCACCAGUGGAUAUAAAUCAUCAAGGUCAAAGAGCGACCUUGCGGCGCACCUCGACGGUCCCUGAGGAGGGCAAGCCUCGGCCGUCGUCGAGGUCGAGGUCGAACGACCUGCCCGCUGCGGACGGCCCCAUCACCACCAUCGCCACCACCACCACCACCACCGCCACCGCCACCACCACCACCACCACCACCGCUACCACCGCAACCGCCACCAAUGUCUCCGAGACGCACGCCGAGCAAUCUAACGGAUCGCCUGACUCGAUUCUAAGCGGUCCUCUCGAGGAGGGCAGUAAUUCCGCCCCCGACUCCGCGGACUCGGUCGCCCCCACGGUCCCGUUCCCGCCGAUAACGCACUCGCCCUCGUCGUUCGCGACGUCGAAGCCGGAACCGCGGAAGAGCCGGAAGUCGCAGUCGCGGACCAGUGGGAAGGACAGGAGGGACGACGGGGGAAGAAUCAAGGACGAGCAGCGGGCGUUCGGCAGCCCGGUCUCCGUCGACGACGACGACGACAACGACAACGCGCGACUUUGAGACCGCGAUCUCUCUCGCCGACAGGGGACAGCUAGAUCACGACAGGCAGACCGCGGUGCAGUUGCUCGCUCAUUCUCGAGGAAAACGCGACACGCAAAAUGAAAGGAAUGACAAUCUCUUUUUAUUCUAUGAGAAACAUCGAGUGAGACGUCUAUUUGUACACUUAAUCAUAUACGAUUACUCAUAAUAAUUGUAUCUGUAAAGUAUACACUCUCCUAUAUAUACACGCCCACGUCAGACGAAGUCUUUCUCUUAGUUCAUAUCAUCUCGGUCGAAGAUUGUUCUAAGGAGAAACGACGGGAAUUGUACAGAAUUAAAUAUAGAAUAAAUUAAUAAA